CCUCUCGCGAGAGGGGCGGGGCGGCUCCGCUGGGUCCCAGUGCCCGCCGCUCCCGGUGCCCGCCGGGUCCCCGCCGCUUCCCUCCCGGUUCCCGUCUCCCCUCGCCAUGGCGGCCCCGGGCUGGGCCCCCACGCACGUGCAGGUGACGGUGCUGAGGGCGCGGGGGCUGCGGGCCAAGGGGGCGUCGGGCGGCAGCGACGCCUACGCGGUGAUGGCGCUGGGCCGGGAGAAGUUCUCCACGUCGGUGGCCGAGCGCUGCCAGGGCCGGCCCGAGUGGCGGCAGGAGGCCACCUUCGAGCUGCCGCCCGCCGCCGCCAGCCUGCGCCUCACCGUGCUGCACCGCGCCCUCGUCGGCCUCGACAAGUUCCUGGGCCGGGCCGAGGUUGACCUGGCGGCCCUGCGGGGGGACGGAGGUCGCCGGCAUACCAGGUGGUACAAGCUUCGCUCCAAACCGGGGAAGAAGGAAAAGGAGAGAGGGGAGAUUGAGGUGGACAUCCAGUUCAUGCGGAGCAACAUGACAGCCAGCAUGUUCGACUUGUCCAUCAAAGACAAGUCUCGCUCUCCGUUUGGCAAGAUCAAAGACAAGCUGAAGGGGAAGAGGAGCAGCGGGCUUUCUGACACGGCCUCCGAGAUCGUUCCCAGCACCACUCACUCCCCAGCUGAUAGCGAAGAUGAGUCAGCCGAGAAGGAGAAGAAGAAAUCAAAGUUCAAAACCCUGUUCUCCAAACCUGGCCUGCAGAAGACUUCCCUCUCCCAGUCCAUGUCCGUCCUGCCUACGCCCCAGCCCGGGGCCGAGCGGGUCAGGCUGCGGCCCAGUGACUUCCAGUCGCAGUGGGAUGACGACGAGUCGGAGACCUCUCCGACCUCAGAAAGAGCCUUUGGAAAUGCCCUGGAAGAGAAGUUUCCUUCUCCUGUAUUUAAAUCUCGUAAAACAGCGACUUUGGACAACAGGCAACUAAACCAAACAACCACUAGCAACACCAAGAAAGAAGGGCUCUCCUUAUUCAGUGGCCUUAAAUCCAAAAAUGAUCCGGUCUCCAAGUCCAGCCUGUGCAUCAACGGCAGUCACGUUUAUAUGGAAGAGAGCGCGCUGAAGGACAACACUCCAGCUUCUUCCCCCUCUCCUCUCAACUUCAGGAGGAAGCAACUCUUUGCUUCGGAAGAGAACCUGUCUUCCAGAUCUGCUAAAGGACAUGAAGAGGUGGGCAGAACGUCUCCCAGCCAUGCUUUGUCUGGGUCUGCAUCCCUGGAGACCUUUAAAUCAAUGACUUUGCCAUCGUACAAACUGCUUAGCGGUGAAGAGAACCCGGAAACCAGCACUCCCCUGACCAUCGAGGUCAUUAAAGAGACCAAAAAAACGGACCACAAAAAGUCUGCCUUGCUUUCCCUGGUGACAGGGAAGAAAGAAGCAGCGAAAACCAGUGACACGGAAAGAAUUCCAGAGAGGAAUUCUGAAAGAAUUCCAAAGGAAGAGGAAACCAAGGCUGCAGAAGAGAAAAGUGAACAGGAGGCCAAACAGCUUGAGUCCUCAGCAGACGCGAGCAGAGGAAAUCCUCCAGAAGACGGUCGCCUAGAAGAGGUCCCCACGAAUAAACACCCACACAACCCUUUUGAGGAAGAGCAGAAACCUGAAAAGGCGGCUGCAGCAGCGAAGACCAAAGCUGUGAAACCCAGUCCUUCACAGCCCUGCUCUGCCUUUCGCUCCUUCUCCUCUGACACCCCAAGUCAUAGAGCAGAGUCUCCGAAAAAGCCAACAGCAGAGGGCUGCGCAGAUAAAGCAGGAAUUUCUGGCAAGAAGAAGCUUCUUCAGGCAUGGGUUUCACCCUCUGAAACGUAUCCUAACCAAACUCAGCAGGGUGGUGAAACCAUGUCUCCUAAGCACAGACUCCAUCCUGUGAAGCCAAUGAAUGCCACAGCAAAUAAGUCUCAAAGUAAAAACCUGAACGUCAUCAGCACUAUGAACGAAAAGCUGAUUGAGAUGAACGUGAAGAAAUACGAUCCUUCAGAUCCUGCCUAUGCUUAUGCUCAGCUUACACACGAUGAGCUAAUCCAGCUGGUCCUGAAACAGAAGGAUACGAUUAGCAAGAAGGAUCUCCAGGUGCGGGAGCUUGAAGACUACAUCGAUAACUUGCUUGUCAGAGUCAUGGAAGAAACCCCAAACAUUCUUCGUGUUCCAACUUCGGGAAACAGGAAAGCUGGAAAGAUGUAAAAGCUCUCUGGACGUUGAACAAAGAACGGAAUUCCCGCCAGCAGAGUUUGAUUAAUAAGGAGACAAUGUGAAGUAGGUGGUACCGGUUGUGCUGCCCACACAAAAUGACCUCUUUCCUGUUUCUGCCUUGAGCAACUAUCACUUCGGUUAGUGGUUACAUCAGGUCUUGUACAGCGAGUCCAAAAGUAGAAUUAACUUACCAUAUUUAUUUUUUGGUCUUUUUCCAUUAUUCGGGGAGAUUUGUUCAGGCAUCUAGUCCAAAGGAUGCUUGCGAUAGGAAGGAUGAAGGUUUUCUUUGAUAUGUUUUCCUUGCCAGCACUGCUGAUCUUUUAUGAAGAUUUUUUCAUAGUUCAGUUUUGUAGCUGCUUUGCUAGAUCAGUUCCUCCUCUGCCCACAUCUGAAGUUGUAGUGCAAUAUACAAUCUGGUACAGCAGAGCUUGAGGAUUUGAUUUUUUUUCUUUGUUUUGAAUAACUACACUGGAGAAGUCCAAAGAUGUAAGCUUCAGAACGGGGCUGCAUGAGCUGUACUUUAAAAGCAAUUAAGGCCCUAAAAGUGGAAUGCAAUUUAAACCAUAGACUGGAAAGUAAGGAACAAAGCUAAAUUAAUGAUGUCAUGUAAAUCUGGUUUCAAAGCAGUUCUCCUAGGGGAAGGUUUACAGGUGGUUUUUGGUCAAGGAAACACUGAGAUGUCAUGGUAGGUUUGUCUGCCAUAGGAAUAAGUAGUAGUAAUGCAUUUGGGCUGAAGGUACGUUAAAUUGGAAGUUGUUCUCCUAUAGGCUUCAAAUGCCUGAUUCAAAGCUUGUUCGGAUGAGGAAGGCAAAGGUACAUCUGGUUUCUGUUCUGUAUUCUCAAAUAGGGAUGGAUUUCACUGUACACGUGCAUGGCCUGUGUCACUUGCUGUAUGAAAGUCCGGUGAUAAUUUUGGUAUUAUACUGUUGCAGUUUAGUAAAUCUCAGUGCCUUGGUUUUUGGAGCUAGUGCUUACCUUGGAACAACCUUCUGAGGUGAUCAGUCUUAACACUUUCUUGUAUUUGUUAUACGGCUAUGAAAAGAACCAAAUUGCCCUUCCCUUGGGAUGGGAACAGUUAAAAUUCAGAUCUGAUUUGCUUUUCUUUGUGACUUGAAGCUCGCAACGGCAUAAAAAUUUAUGUAGCUGAAAAAGCAUUCUGGUUUUGCAAGACAAUCAGAUACCUCGGUCUGCUUCCUUAGCUUGUGGCCUCUUUGCAGCUCAAUAGAGACAGGUACGUUCUCCCCAUCUCAUCAGGCAGAAAAGAACAGCUUAGCACUAUCCAGCAGCCACAACAGGCUUCCUCUGCUGAAAGUUAAAUGUGGCUUUUCUAUGGCGAGCUCUUGCCAAAGAUAACAAAUCAGAUGUGUCUUUGCAGCUCUUAGAUUCAUCAGGGUUGUGAGAGUCCAAGAGAAGUUCAGAAGAAAGCUGAAAUAUCAAAAGAGUGGGUAGCAGAUCCAAAGUAAAUGCUUCUGCUUUCUGGAAUUGAGAUAAUUCAUUCAGUCACUCCAGAUAUAGCUCGAAAGGGGUGAGUUUCUAACGCAGUUUUCCUACAGUAAAGCACUUUAAUGAGGGACUAGCUGGAUUAACUAUUAACCUCUUAGUAGUCUUCUUACUGGUUUCAUAAAACACUGAAAACUACUGGAGACUUCUCAAAUACUGUGUUUUUGCAGUGAAGAGUAGUUUAAUAUAUUUGCCUAGAGAUGUACACAUUUAUUGGAAAAUUCAAAAAAUGCCGUUAAUUACAUUUUGGUACUGUAAACUGGCUAACUACCAAAGUCUGGCCUAGCAAUCAAGUCUGUUCUGACAGAGCUCUCCUUCAUGGGAAGCUCGAUUUGAAACAAGCCUUUUAAGCGUUAGGAGUCUUGUAAGACUUCAGGUACUUCUUUACUGUACCCUCUUCUGUGAAUGAAGGGUCUGAAAUACAGAAAUUCUUAGUGGCAUCUUCAGCUUUUGGCUGAUGGUUUUAAUUUUGAGUGGUACUGGCUGACAUUACUGGAAAUUGAUGCUGCUUCUUGUGCCUUGAAAUAACGAGGAAGAUGAAUAAAUAAUUUCAGUUUCUUCCUUGUGCCUCAGUGGAUCUCUGGAAAGAAGUGGUUGCCUAUACCUCAUGAAUGAAAUUGUCUUCUAGACUUUUUUCCACAACUUCCUGGUUUUCUACUUCAAUCAGAAAAACCAGUAGUGCCUUUGAACAGUGGCUUAAAAGUUUGAAAUAAAAAAUGGUAUUACUGGUGGUUGUAACUGGACACAUGUUAAGGAAGACUUGGCUUGUUUUUUGCUGCCUUUGUUUUAAAAGAAUAAGGGUACUACCCUGUGGCUGCUGAAGUCACGGUGAUGCUGUGUGUAAUGCUCUUGGAGUAUGGAUCUCAUGAAGUUCUUACAGUGGAUUGAUUACGUGCAUUCCUUUUGGCAAGAAUAUGUAUCUCGAGGUUGUAUAAACACAGACAAAAUGGUAACGUGCUAAUAAUAGUCUCCUUAGAGACCAAGCCUUAAAAUUUGUAAUGUCCUCUCUCAGUAGCCUUCUGCCAGUUUCAGCUUUGUCCAUUAAGGUGGGCUUCGUUGUCUGGCUUUUGCACCUUGGGUGGUUAUCUCCUGUGGUCGCAGGCCUUGCUGCAGGGUGGCGGUCCUGUGCAAGCCACGCUUCUGCUUCCAGAGCUGUGAAAACACAGAUCUUGUACCUCAGUCUUUUAUCAGCAAUAUUGUUUAAAGCCUUCCUUGGGUGUAAGGGGACAGGCGUUUUAUGUUCAGCAGGGUGCUUCACGCUGACUUCAAGGGGCCUAAGAAUCAAGUGUAUUGUUUUAUUAUUUUAUUGUUGAAGGAUUUGAAUAUAUUUUUCCCUGUUUAUCUGUCUGCUUUUAGCCUGGGUUGCUGUUUGUUUUUAAAUGACCUUUGGUUUCAUGGAACACUAAAAUAAAAGAUACCUUAAAUCCAG